AUGAAGGCCUCGGCGACAUUGACGACAGUGUCACUGCUGCGUCGAUCAUUAACAGCACCACGAGCAGCACGCUUGAUGGCGCCCCCCACCGCCGGGCGGCCACCGCCCCUCCUGUCGUCCGUGAAUGUCCCCCACCACAACCCCUCGUCGUCUUUCACUUCUUCUGCAUCUGAUCAGUCGAAACACUCUUCUCCAUCACCACGACUACCACCCGCCAUUCAGUCCAACGGCCUCUCUGCAGCCUCCAAGCGCGCUGCCCAGCUGUCUCGCCAACUGUCCUCGUCCGCUGCCUCGCCCGCCAUGUCGUACUCCAUCCGCAAAAUCGGCGCUGCCAACACCCUCGAGCACCGCGUCUACAUUGAGAAGGAUGGCGUCCCCGUCUCGCCCUUCCACGAUAUCCCCCUCUACGCCAAUGAGCAGCAGACCGUGCUGAACAUGGUCGUUGAGAUCCCUCGCUGGACCAACGCCAAGCAGGAGAUCUCCAAGGAGGAAUUCCUCAACCCCAUCAAGCAAGAUAUCAAGAAGGGCAAGCUGCGCUACGUCCGCAACUGCUUCCCCCACAAGGGCUACCUCUGGAACUACGGUGCCUUCCCCCGCACCUGGGAAGACCCCAACGUCGUCCACCCCGAGACCAAGGCCAAGGGCGACAACGACCCAUUGGAUGUCUGCGAAAUCGGCGAGCUGGUCGGCUACACCGGUCAAAUCAAGCAGGUCAAGGUGCUCGGCGUCAUGGCCCUGCUCGACGAGGAGGAGACCGACUGGAAGGUCAUCGUCAUUGACGUGAACGACCCUCUGGCCCCCAAGCUCAACGACGUUGAAGACGUCGAGCGCCACCUGCCCGGUCUUCUCCGUGCCACCAACGAGUGGUUCCGUAUCUACAAGAUCCCCGACGGCAAGCCCGAGAACCAGUUUGCCUUUUCCGGCGAGUGCAAGAACAAGAAGUACGCUGAAGAUGUCAUUCGCGAGUGCUCUGACGCUUGGGAGAAGUUGAUCACUGGCGCCACCCCUCGUGGCGAGGUGAGCGUGUAA